GCCAGGAAUGUCCCAUUGCACCCGAGCUCUUUGUUUCUUGCUUGCAGCCACCGAAUAUGCCCCCCAGCAUCUGAUGUUUAGGCUCUCCCAGUGAGCUUCAAGGAAGAAGGGCAUUGACUCCGGGCCGCGUUUGAUCUUCUUGAACGCAUAUAAAGGAGAGAAUGUGGCAACCAACCAGAGAGGCAACGGAAUGCAACGCACAGCAUGAUGAAGGCUAGUUUCCCACGCAGUCCCAGAUGGAAACAGCCAUCACAAUUGCUUCCUCGCCUCCACCUUCUCCUCAUCCUCGCCCCAUCGACGAGGCAUGGUGGUCCAAUACUCUCCGAGUCGCGAUUCAACCGCUUCCAACCACGUUCCCACAGGAACCGGCAUCGGACGAUAAUAACCCCCUCGCCUCCCGGAUCGAGGGUAGCAUUACGCCAGCUGCAUAUUCACCAUCGGCCCUUAACGUUAUAUGUGUGUGGUCUGUGCAUUCAACGUUCAAUCACCGAGCGUGGACUGACCAGCACAGCACUCUCUGCCUCGGAAAAGACCUGCAUCCAGACGAACCACAUCGCCCACCGAGCUACUUUAGCAAGGCCGAUCCCUCUCGAGGUCGCACACAACGAAAGCAACUCGGUUAGCAAAACAAAGUAUAGGUAUCAUGCCCAAUACUCAACACAGUAAAGGUUUCUAAAUCGAUGAAUAGAAACGCAGUACCGUGCAUUGUCGUAACUAAACCUCCCUAUUAAACAAGGCUGGCGGAGAUUUCGGGCAUGACUCUCCUAAUUGCUACGCCUAGUGCUCUAUAUCUGUUGCAACCACAUCGACCACUCUGACGUGUGCUCUCUCAAUUCCUGUAUUAAAAAAAUUGAAAAAGAAAGAAAGAAAGAAAGAAAGAAACCCCCCGGGGUGCGUGGGGUAUGCAAU